CAAACACUCGUUUAUAACAAGUCCUCUUUUGCUACCGAUUAUCCUUUGUUACAGCAACCGCAAUCCGAUACAUUUCACCAAUUACGUAGAGAACACCAUCAAGCGAUGAAAAUACUAAAUUCAUCGUUUAAUCUUCACACUUGGGUGUCGACACACUCAUUAGAUUACUUAAAGGAGUAUACCGCUUUGGCAAAGUCGCUGGAAGAGGAACUCAAAGGAGGAGGAGUGCAGG